AUGAGUUGCUCGACUUAUGAUCUCCCAGAAGAUGUUAUUAACCAAGACGGCAAAGGAAGACCAAGAGAAACUGGAGAGGCUUCAACUUCUCCUUCAGUUAACCCUUUCGUGCAAGAUGAUGAAACUGGUGCAUUUACCGAUUCUCACUGGGAUGAUUAUGUAACUCACUUUGAAGAACUAAAUUUACCCUUAGUGUUCGACCCAAAACCAAUAGUAAAUUUUGCUUUGAUCUGCUUUCAAACAAAUUUGUAUGCCAAACAGAAGAAUAGUGCACAGUGGAGGGAACUCACAGUUCAGGAACUAAAAGCUUUUCUGGGUAUGAUCAUACUAAUGGGUAUUCAUCAAUUACCUGAAGCAGCCAGUUACUGGAGCUCAGACCCAUAUCUAAAUGUAAAUGCAGUAUCGAAUGUUAUGACACUUGCUCGCUAUAAGAAAAUAAUAGAAAACGGUCACUGCAAUGAUAAUUCGUUUCAGCCAGCAACAAACUAUCCUGGUUAUGACAAGUUGUACAAAAUCAGACCACUUAUCUCAGCCCUAAACAAAAGCUGUUUGAAAGUAUAUCACCCUUCUACUUCACUUGCAGUUGAUGAGUCAAUGGUUGCAUUCAAAGGAAGUACAAGACUGAAACAGUACGUGCCCAUGAAACCCGUAAAAAGAGGUUACAAAAUUUGGUGCCUUGCUGAUGCAAACACAGGUUUUAUUUCAAAUUUUGAUGUCUACACAGGAAAAUCUGCUACCAGUAGAGGGGAAUUCAAAGAUUGCCAAAUGUGUGAAAGAGUAGUGCUGGAACUCUGUAAAACAUUCUUUAAUUCCAAUAAACUGAGAAAAUGGGGGUUUUAUAGCUGUGGUACCGUCAGAGGAAACAGAAAAGGCCUACCUCCAUUUUUGGCGAGUAAAUUACCAAGUCUAAACCGUGGAGAGUUUACAUCUGCUGUCAAAUCUGGUGUUGCUGCUGUUAAGUGGCAAGAUAGCAAAGCAGUCUGUCUCCUUUCCACAGCACAUAAUCCUAAGGAUGUUACGAAGCGCAAACCAGCUGUCAUAUCGAAUGAGGCUAGCAAGGCAGAUGAUAAAUGGAUUUUCAUCAAGAAUGACGAAGGGCCCAUCACCUGCUUUCUGUUCUAG